GCACCAGGCGGAUUGUUCGCCGGUCACAGCAGUUGUCACACUCCGUGCUUGCUUUCGAUUCCUCUCUUUCUCGAAGUGCGACCCAGCCCACCGAGUGAACUCUGCGUAGUGCUGACCUCCAAUGUUAUACGAAAGCGUCUUGUUUGCUGUUUGACUGAAAAACAUCGCCGCAACGAGAUGACAUCGCUACUGCGAGGAGUGUACAUUGUAGGUGCCAAGCGCACUCCGUUUGGUGCCAUGGGAGGCAAGCUAAAGGACCACACACCGACACAAAUGGCUGUGGUCGCUGGGAAGGCAGCUCUGGAGAGUGCAGGAGUGAAGCCGGAAAAUGUGGACGUCUGUGUUGGUGGUAUCGUGAACCAGGUUGCCGCGAAAGACACUCCCUACUGCUCGAGGCACGUGGCCCUGCACUGCGGUCUGCCGCAGAAAACACCAUCGCUCAACGUCAACCGGCUCUGUGGCUCUGGUUUCCAGGCGGCAGUCAAUGGUGUUCAGGAAAUCCUCCUUGGAAAUGCGGAGAUUGCGCUCACGUUUGGCAGUGAGAACAUGAGCUUGAGUCCCUUCGUUGUCAGGGGUGCCAGGUUCGGCAUCAAGUUUGGACUGCAACCUGAGAUGGAGUGUUCCUUGCUGGCCACACUGACGGACAUGUACUGUAAGUUGCCCAUGGCAAUCACCGCCGAAAACUUGGCCGAUAAGUACAAGAUUGGUCGUCAGGAGGUGGACCAGUUCGCACUGCGGUCGCAGAAGCGAUGGGCCGAAGCGAACAAGGCCGGUCGGUUCAAAGAGGAAAUCGUGCCGGUUCCGGUGCGAGUGAAAGGGAAGGACGUGCUGUUUGACACUGACGAGCAUCCCAGACCCGAUACGACCAUCGAAACCCUCGCCAAACUGCCUGCCCUGUUCAAGAAGGAUGGCACAGUCACAGCCGGCAAUGCCUCGGGGAUCUGCGAUGGAGCCGGUGCCGUUGUUAUUGCCAGUGAGGAUGCUGUCAAGAAACACAACUUGAAGCCAUUAGCGAGGAUUGUGGGCUACAGCUACGUGGGUGUGGACCCAACAAUCAUGGGCAUCGGUCCAGUGCCAGCCAUUCGGCAGCUGUGUGAAAAGACCGGGGUCAAGCUCCAGGACCUGGACUUGAUUGAUGUGAAUGAGGCGUUUUCAUCUCAGUUCCUUGCUGUCGAGAAAGAACUCGGUUCGGACCCGGAGAAGACCAAUGUUAACGGAGGGGCUAUAGCGCUCGGCCAUCCCGUCGGUGCCAGUGGUGCCCGCAUUUUGGCCAAUAUCACCUACGAGCUCAGGCACCGCAAGGGAAAGUAUGCUGUUGGUUCUGCUUGCAUUGGCGGCGGUCAAGGCAUCGCAGUGAUGAUCGAAAAUGUCUGAUGCGCGGUACCUUAGCUGUAGUCGUGCGCUUGGCUUCGUUCCCAGUGUUAUUGUUAGAGAUGUAUUUUUGUAUUAUGCUGGACCAGCUUUUCUGGAGCCAUUGAUAACACAUGUAUUUUAUGUAUGUACACGUACUUAUCUACAUCUGUAUAAAUGCAAUUUUUAACGUUA